AUGAAUACUGCAACAACAACUCCUAUAAAUAGUGGAGUUGGUGGUGGGAGCAGUGGCGGUGGAGGUGGUGGUGGCAGUGGUAGUGGUGGUGGUGGUGGUGGUGGGCCAUGUGGUGCUUGUAAAUUCUUGAGGAGGAAGUGUGUGCCAGGGUGUAUAUUUGCACCUUAUUUUGACUCAGAGCAAGGUGCAGCACAUUUUGCAGCGGUGCAUAAGGUUUUUGGUGCAAGUAAUGUGUCAAAGCUUUUAUUACACAUUCCUAUCCAUAAAAGACUCGAUGCUGUGGUCACAAUUUGUUAUGAGGCUCAAGCUCGGUUAAGAGAUCCAAUCUAUGGCUGUGUUGCUCACAUAUUCGCUCUUCAACAACAGGUGGUAAAUCUACAAGCAGAACUCUCAUACUUGCAAGCCCAUCUAGCAGCAUUGGAGGUUCCAUCGCCACCUCCUCCACCACCACCAACACUAGCGACACCGCCUCCACUCUCAAUAGCCGACCUCCCAUCAGCUUCUUCAAUUCCUGCCGCGUACGAUUUAUCAUCUCUUUUUGAUCCAAUGGUGCAACCCUCAUGGUCCAUGCAGCAGCGGCAAAUGGAUCCCCGUCAGUUUGGAGGCAGUGGCGGCUCAUCAGGAACUAGUGGUGGUGAUCUACAAUCAUUGGCGCGUGAACUCCUCCAUAGACGAGGAUCUCCACCACCAGGGUCCAUGCCAUGUAGUGACGUAUUAGCAUCAUCAUCUAUCUCUAAAAGAGACUGA